AAAAAAUAUCUGUGAUUCUAAACUUCUGAAUGGUUUUAUUCAUGUUCUAUCUCUGUUGGUUUAUAGAACGGCCAGAAUGGUACACCAGUUCACAGAGGUGAAUGAACGCUUUUGGGAAGCUGUGGGACCUGGUAAAGGGGAACUGGAUUGCCUUCCUACCAUUGUUCACCAACAUGCAGGAGCCUUUGUCAAAGGCAGCAUUCAAGGCCAUCUUCACUUACAGUUUCAGCAGUAGAGGAACCAACCGACGUGAGGAAGAGGAGGACACCAUCUACUGCUGGGAGCUGGUUCUGAACAUGAUUGAAGACAAAUUGACUGAACUCAGAUUCGAAGACCUUCUGAUAUUCAUCACUGGUGCAGAUGAAGUCCCUGCCCUUGGGUUUCCAAAUAAGCCCUGCAUCGACUUCUUUGAACAGGAGUCAGGCCAGCGACGUUUGCCCUACGCCUCGACUUGCAUGAUGUGCUUGUUCCUUCCUAGAGGAAUCACACAGGAGGACGAAUUACAUCGGAUGCUUUUUCAGGCCACUAAAGACUCUUUGGGAUUUGGAAAGGUUUAGUCCUUAUCAAUUUAAAUUCAGAGUAGCAGAAUCCUGGCAGGAUUAGCUGAUACUUUCAGUCAGUUUGCAUCAUCUUAACUAAAAAAAAACAAUGUUAAAAUAUGGCUAGUCCCCCCUAACAAGUUCUAAAGUCUGUGUUCUUGUUUAUGUAAAAUCUACAUUGGUGCUUGUAAAGCCUGCUACUUAUGACCAUUUUAUUAUUGACUAAUGAGCCAAUGAGAAACCGUAUUUGCAUGACAGCCUUGUUUUUGUGAUGUAAAGCUCAGGAUGAGAGGCUAAAUGUUAUCAUUUCUUACUGCUUUGUUCUAGGUUGUUCGUCACAUAAAUUCUGCUUGAUCUCACAGAAACAUGGCAGUCAUGGAAAUAUAUGUUGUUUGACAUAUUGUUUUAAUAUUCAAAUGUUUUGCCACUAAAUGCCAGACAUUAACAGAAAAAGUUUAUUAUUAUUUGCAGUCUUCAUCCGUCUUGUUUGUCUGUCCAAUAGUCAAAAUCGAAAAUAUUAAUUCUACUUUCAUGUGAGAAUGAUAGCAUUAAUUAUCAUUUUAAAAUGCAAAUAUUAUAGACUUUUCUUACAACUUUAAAAAUAUCCAAUUCUGCAAUACUUCAGAUACAUCUUCUGUCAGUUGGUUGAACUUCUAAUUGACUAAUUGUUAAAGAUAAUUAAAUUCUCAUCUUCAUGAUCACAUGAUAGUAAAAUAAAUAUUUUUCAGUUUGAGGUUAUGACAAUAAAGUGGGUAAAACAAGUCAGAUGAAGAGGUCCUCUUAGUCUGCUGCAACUUACAGUGAGCAUUUUCUAUAGAUUUCUGGCCUUUUCAAAGGUAGUCAUUAGUAUUACUUGUAAACAAUUGUAAACACAUUUAAGUUGGGCCCCUCCUCCUGGGCUCGUCUCCAUCCCCAUUGGCUGGCGAAAACACAUCAGCUCCCCACACAGAAAUGUCCCAAGUCAAAUAAAACAUCAAAAUCCAGACAGAGGACAGUCUGUCUACAGACCAAGUCACCACCACACAUUUACUGUAUAGAGGCAAUAAGUAAUGACUGAGUGGGAUUGCUUUUGCAAGUCUUUUUUUUUUUUGGAUAAAGUUUCUGCCUCCAUCAUUUUAUUGUCUUUUCAAAACAAUAAUUAGCAAGUUCAUUGUGUUCCGAGAAUAAUGUUUUGAAGCUCUCUUGCACACACAAGAUACCUGUC